AAUAAGAUACAUAAAAAUUCAAACAACUCUUGGGUCACACAAAACAAUUGAAUAGAACUGCUUGCAGGCAGCCCUGCAGUAUCAAUAGGAACUCAAAUCUAUGAUGAAAAGAUACCAGGGUUAAUAAUGUGUGAUUCUAAGUUUUAUGACAAGCAGAAUCCUCCUACAAGCAACACAAACUCAUAUACUCUUAGUUAUUUCAAGUCUUUUCAACACAGAGUAUUCACAAAUACAAAUAAGUUAUGUGUGCGAAUUUUACGCACCGAUUCAAGAUCAGUGCCAUGUUUAGGCAGUGUUGAAGUAUGGGGAUACAUUGGAAAGAACUGCUCACAAGAAACAAAACAAACAGUGCAUAAACUCAUGCACAGAAGUGAUGAGAAACAUCCAGGAAGAACUAAAAUGCAGAAUAUACUGACAAAUAGCAAGAACGGUGAAUUUACCAUACCGGAGGAUUUUAAGGAUGCGUUAACUUGUGAAGUAAUGGCAUUGCCGAUGACUCUGCCAAGUGGUAACACAAUCGAUCAAGUCACACUUGAGAAAUGUAUUAGUAACGAUGUAAUGUACGGACGGAAAGCGGUGGAUCCAUUCACAGGCUUAGAAUUUCUCCCAAACCGGAAACCAGUAUUGAACGUAGCUUUAAAAAGUCGCAUUGAUUUAUUCCUGUUAAAACAUGGCGAUCAGGAUGAAACGAAAACAAUUGGUCGGACGCUUGGUUCAAGCAAACAAGAGAAUCAACAAACAAGUUAUGGUGAUAAAAACAACCGCAAAACUAAUUAUUCUACCGAAUUACGCGUUGAAAUACCUCAGAAGAUACAAAAGGCUGUGGAUAAUACCAGUGAAUGUAAUCAACAUUCAACAGGCGAUAAUUUAGACGAUGCGAUUGCUAAAGUUAUGGGAAGCGGAAGUUUUAUGUGUUUUACAAGCUUCGAGAAGAGUCAACCCGCUAACACGUUGAAGAAAACAUGUCACAAGUGUAAAUGUGACGCAAAUUUGUAUGAGAUAACCGUGUGUAGGCAUUUGUUCUGUCGGCCAUGUUUGAUCACAUUAUGCAACACAUGCAGCAUGUGUAAACGAAAAUUUGUCAAUGGCGCUGUUGUAAAGAUAAAUGUUACAUGACCAACAUAAAUCAACGUAAUAAAGAAGACUAAAGACGUUA